AUGUAUCUGAGUGCCACUAAUGUGCUGGGAGUUACUGGGGAUGAAGUGAAGACAGUGAGAGAGGGAGAGACUGUUACUCUACACACUGGUUUUACUGGACUACAGAGUGAUGUUCUGAUACUGUGGUUUCAUGGACCUGUGGACCCUAAGACAAAAAUAGUUCAGAGUCAGGUCCUCAGAGGAGAGAUUAUAACAGAAUACAGUGAUAGAUUCAGAGACAGACUGCAGCUGGACAGACAGACUGGAUCUCUCACCAUCAGGAACAUCAACAUCACAGACUCUGGAGUUUAUAAAGUACAAAUCAUCAGUGGAGAGGAUUCAUAUAAGAUUUUCAGCUACACUGUCUAUGCUACUGUUCCUGCUCCUCUUGUUGGAAAAAAACAGGGUCGUUCAGCAGUAAGUGGAUCAUCUGGUCCAAAGUGUUCAGUAGUGUGUUCAGUGGAGAAUGGGAGAGAUGUGACUCUGUCCUGGUACAAAGGGAAAGAGAUAUUGAACCAGACCAGCAGCCCUGAUCUCAACACCAACCUCUCUCUCCCUCUGGAGAUAGAAGAUCAGGACAACAACACCUACAGCUGUGUAGCUGAUAACCCAGUCAGUCAGCAGACAACACAACUCAACAUUACUGAACUCUGCUCUCACAUCUCAAGGAACUGA